AUGGCAGGAUACAUGGCGCCUCAAGGGCAGGACGACGAGAAGCACUUCCAGUGGGAUGACUGCAUCGAGCGUGAAGGGAAGGCGAAUGCGCUCGAACAAUCCAUGUGGAUAGAAGGUGCUGACCGCGCUGGCCCGACUCCUCUCCGUUCAUUCUACACAAGUCCGCCGCCUGCUGUCGGGUCCACAUUAACCCUCGCUCUCAAUCUCGUAUUUCGGGUACCAGGUGCUGCAGAAAGGCAUGUCCCAAUAAUGUUCGGGACAUCUAUCCCCAUAGUUCCCUCUGAGCUCACCGCACCGGCGGGGAGCAAUAAUCCCGGACUUUUCUUCCUGAACCAGCUGUUGGGAAGGGGCGAGCCUGAGUUCAUUUACGAGAAUAGAAGAACAACUAUCUUGCUUUCUCCUGCGUUACUAGGGCAAAUCGAGACCGCAGCUGAUUCCCGUGCACCUGAAUUGGGCUAUAGUGUCUUCCAUUGUGGACAGGGAGUGCUCCAAGUCUACCGCGCGGUGGCUCUCGAGGUUGACUUCGCCAACUCAGAUCCCGAGUCUAUGAGGGCGACCUGGACCAAUUGCCGCUGUGCUAUAUCCUCUGACCUUGGUCAGGAUGGGGUUCGUCUUUUGUACAGCAUAGGCGACAUGUCUCUUUGCCGUGACAUGAUAGCUUUGGAGGCUGAGGAUAAUGAGGACGAGAGCAACGAGGAUGAGGAGUAG